CCCUCGCGAGCUGUCAGUCGGUCUUAGUCGCUGCUCGAAAUCUGUGUCACAAUGUUUGGGCGCCGCGUGCUGGACUUUUCCGUCAUACUGGCCGCCUUGGUGGCCGUCGCGGCCGCCGGCCGCCACUCGCUCGGCGGCCGAGAGGCGCCGCUCGUGCAGUCGUGGGCCGAGGCGGCCCGCAAGUGGUUCUUCGCCUCCUUUUCGGCCGCCGAGGGCAAGGCGGCCGAGGACAUUUCGGCCGCCUUUGGCCUCUUCAACCUCGAGAUGGCCCGGCGGGUGUCGCGGAUGCCGCGCGCCGAGAUGCGCGUUUACGCAGCCGUCGCUGAUGACGGCGACGCGCUCAACGCAACCCUUCCGGACGGGCGCAUGUCCCGCUCGGGGUCGCACCACGGAGUGCUCUUGCUCGACCCGUUCCCGGCCGCCCGCUUCGGACACCCGGUGCUCAUGUUCUUCAUCGACCGCGGCAUCAGCGAGAAGAGGUGCAACACCAUCGGAGGAAAGAGACUUGAAAGUGGCGAGUGUCUGCAAGUAGCGAGGAAGAACCGGUGUCCGAACCUGAUGGCCGCCGAGCGGAUGGGCGGACAGAACAACCGCAUGCCGAGGCACCGCGUCCACAUGCACGUUCGUUGCGCCAUCAACUUCAUCCCUCUGGUGCGAAGUGCCAAGGAAGCCCCCGUCCGCACCAACCAGCGCGGUGGCAGCGUCGGAACGCCCGAGUGGGAGCAACGCCUCACCUGCAGGGACGACAUCCCCGGCUUCAACAACGCCUGUCCGGCGCUCCGGGACGCCGAAUCGACGCGCCUGGUCGAGUGCGACCCUCUGCGCCUCAACUCGCAGCGCUGCGAUUUCACGCACGAAGCCGCCAAAACCAAGUGCAACAUUUUCCAGACUUGCGAUCACGCUGUGCUUUUGUCCGGUGGGUGGAACCGUCAGAUGAGUGACUCGCAGAGUUUGAUCAACACCCUGGCCUUUUACGAAAUGCUCAAGAGAAACGGCUUCAGCGAGGAGAACAUCAAGGUGUUCUUUGCCAACGGUCUGCCUGCUGACCAGAGCAGACCUCACAUGUACUCGGCAGUGAUGAAGUUCAGCCUCAGACACCAUCUGCGGACACUGUGUGAGACCAAGUAUUGCGCCGACUCGUUGGUCAUUUAUCUCAACAGCCCAACAAGGUCGGACGGUUCUCCACUGUUGUGGGACUUGGACAAUAAUGGCGAGGCGGACACGAAUGAAGUGUACACGGUGCGAGAGAUGCUGCGUGAUAUUCAGGGCUGCCUCUCACGCCGAGUGAUCAUGGUCAUCGACCAAAGUUACUCGGGCGAGAUCCUCAAGGCGAUUCACAACGCCAACAACUUGUCCAAUGUGAUCGUCUUCACCAGUGGUACAGGCCACCAGCCUGCCUGGCAGGGAGAUUUCACUGCCCAUUGGAGCAGGGCCAUGCACAGAAACACGUGUCUCCACCAAAUUUAUGAAGAUUCGUUGAAGGAGGUGACAAGGUCAAGUCCAUCACUGCGAGACACCACCUCGGGUGAAGCGACGAGAACAACCCUGACAGGGGCACCAUGCGGAGCGUACGGUCGACCAUCAAGCGACGAAGAAGCGCGUCAGCAGUACGAAGGCUGCCAAAACCUUCCGUCGAGUAUAUACUUGUCAUCCGUGUACGGCUGACGUGCUUCCAUGUGAACUCAUUUGCUGAUCUCGCCUCUUCUCCCUUUUUGUUUUUGUAAAUAACUUAUUAUGCUAAUAUAUUAUUAUUUAAUUUUACGUCUCCGUUCAAUCCAGAAAAGCCCCUCACAUCAAGCAAUAAUGUUUUGAGAAAUUACACGUAAUUAAUUUGUCAGGUUAGCUUUGGAAAUUCCACAGAAGGUUGAAAUCAAACCUGCUAAGUACAAAUUGGGCUUUCACAAUAAUAAUAACACACAAAUGUGCGCAGCUACGGUCAGCUGCUAAGUGAUAUGAAAAGUAUUUUGUAGCUACUUAAUCAAAUUAUGUAAUUACUCCUACAUCAGAAUCACAAAUCUACACAAAUAAAUUUAAGCAGCACUUAGAAUAAUAAACGAGCAUUCCAGAGACAACCAAUUUUUUCAGCCGAAUUCUCAAGAAAGGUUGCGUAGUGGUUAUUUUGUACAGAUUUUAAAGAUUUUAAUUGUUUAUUUGUAAAUCAAUAUUCAGCUAACAUUAAGCUCUAGUGUACUAAAUGAAAAGUCAUAACUUAUAAUUUUAAAAUUACGUUCUUGUACAUACUCAUCAUUAUUGUAAUUUAAUUAUUUUGUCUAAAUUUAAAUAAA